GGACGGACUAUAAAUUGGUUUAUAUAUAAAUUAAUAUACUUACGUACGUGUACCAACGUGCGUUAUAUGCUCCAUGUAUAUAAAAAAACAAAUGAAGAGAUAAUGACUUCCCGCUAAAUUUGGUAGCAGCAACAACUUCGCAACUCCACUGCUCAAUCUUUGUUUCUUUCUUUCUAGAGUUGAGGAUUUCCUCAAUCUCUUGGACCAUACAAUUACAAAUACAACCAGAUCUUCUACUUUCUUUUCACAAUAUAUUUAGCAUAAUUUCUCUUCCGGGAUUUAGUCAAGAAGAAGAAGAGAAAACACACUGAAAAAAAUGGAAUCUCGAACCUUUCUGCCAAAUCUUUUAUGUGAAGAAAGCAACAUCUUAUUGAGAGAGAAGGAAGAUGAAAACGUCGGUUUCUGUUCCGUUUCCGAAUCUGACUCUGAGUUCAUCGAAAUGAUGUUAAAAAAUGAGGCUUCUUUUCAACCCGACGGCGACGCCAAUUCGGUCUUGACGGAAGGGUGGUGGUUCCAAUCCGUGCGCUCCGGUAUCAUCAAAUGGAUUCUUCAAAAAAGGGCUGAAUUUGGAUACCACUACCGCACUGCAUAUCUGUCACUGGUGUAUUUCGACCGUUAUCUAACGAGAGUGAAGCUUUCAGAAGGGAAGCUGAUGAAGCUUCAGAUUCUGUCGAUUGCAUGCUUGUCGUUGGCUGCGAAAAUGGAGGAAUGUGAAGCGCGACUAUUAGCAGAAUACACGAGAGAGGGCUACCAAUUCUGCAACACUUACAUAACCAAAAUGGAAUUGAUAGUGCUAAGCACAUUGGAUUGGAGAAUGUGUUGCAUCACUCCCUUUACUUUCUUGACCUAUUUCGCCGCCAAGUUUUGUCAACAAACUACGGAUCAUCAUGAAUUGAUCCUUCGAGCUAAACAACUCAUUUUAUCAAUUAUGCAAGAGAUUGAUGUGGCCAAGCAUCGGCCUUCAAUUAUUGCGGCCGCUUCCGUUUUGGCGGCGUAUGAUAAACAUCUGAGUAAGACAGCGUUGGAGAGCAAGAUGGAUGCAGUUCCUUCGCUGGAAAAUGAAAGUAUAAUCUCAUGCUAUAGCCUAAUGCAAGAAAUCGUGGAGGCGGAGACACCAGAAUCGGUUGUUUCACAGAAUCCGUUGAAUGAUGAUUCAACAAGCACAAGCAGAGGCACCAGAAGAAGACUUAACUUUGAUGACUGCGAUCAAGAUUGCCCUCCGCCAAAGAAAUGAUUUUUCUUCUAUGCUUACAUUUUUAGACUUUGUUUUUUAGUGUUGGCCAAGAUUUUGACCUUUACCUAUAAUUGUGAGGAAAAGUAUACAUUUAGCUCAUUAUAACAAGCGAUGAGCUAAUGUGCAGCACACAUUUAGAGCCAAAGAUAUAGGGUGUGUUUGCUUUUUAUCCCUUUAAAUGGAGGGAUAAUAAAAAUUUAUGUCUUUAAAUGUCUCAUUUCUUAUCCCACAUUUUACACAAAAGAGAAGUUCAUCAUUUUUCUUUCCUUAUUUUCACUUCAUGGAGGGAUAAUAUUAUCACACCAAAAUGGAGGGAUAAUAUUAUCAUUCCUUGAAGUAAAAAUAAAAAAGAAAAAAUGGUGAAAUUUUCUUUUGUGUAAAAUGUGGGAUAAGAAAGGAAACAUUUAAAGGCAUAAAUUUUUGUUAUCCCUCCUUUUUCCAUCCAUCAAAGUGAACGCACCCAUAUAGUAUCACUUAAAACCCUUUUCCCCCUUCUAGAUAUAGUUAGGUACUUCACUAUUGUUGAUUCACAAUUUCCUUCAUUCUUUCAAUUUGUUGCAAAUAAAUGCAUCUGUGUGCUCUACAUUUGGAGAGGAAUAUAAUGAGAUAUUAUUUUGUUUUACU